AUGACAACGCAGCCCAUCGCCAAUGCUUCUUCGGCGGGCACGGCGUCCAUCACUUCUUCUCCAGGGGCUUUCCAUUACAAAAGAACCCCGUCCAACUCGAUCAACUAUUCUGCCGCCGAAUGGGUUUCAAAAAUGGGCCAAAUAUCCAUCCCGAAAGGGUUACACCAUAGCAUUCUUAUUAUGCCUAGUGAUCUCAAUGAGCUCAUAAUGAAUUACCUGAUAAUUGAAGGAUAUUCAGACGCUGUAAGGAUAUUUUCGGAAGAGUCUAAACAGAAGAUUGAUGAUCUGGUUUUGAAGGAUGUCGAGUUCAGGGAAAAGCUGCGAAACCUCGUGUUGGAUGGCAAGAUCAAAGAAACAAUUUCCUUGAUCAACGACUCAUAUCCAAUGGUAGUUUCUUUGUUAAGCUGA